AUGGCGACUACCACCCAUCAUGAUCUAGAAAACAAGGGGCCAACGACCUUGGCCGUGAUGUGGUCAUUGACUGGAAUCACCAUGAUAGUCGUUGCGGCUAGGAUCUUUAUUAGAUCGAGGAUCCUACGAAGCCUUGGAGCAGACGACCAUUUGAUUCUAGUUUCUACGGCGUUUGGAAUCAUUUAUGUUGCAACGAGCACGGCAGAUGUCAUGGCGGGAUACGGGAAGCACACAAGUGUUCUAUCAGACAAUACGCUGGAACGUGUCAUGUUGUUGAAUACUAUAUCCUACGUGUUUGGGGUCUUCUCCUUCACUCUGCCGAAGUUUUCGGUGGCAACCCUUCUGACCCGGCUUCUGAAUCCCGGAUUGCGGCAACGUAUUGUAAUUUGGACGUUGAUUGGCUUGGCAACAGCAGCAGCCUGCGUCAAUAUUGUUCUUCUUUUCACUUUGUGCGACCCACCGGAGGCGAUGUGGAAAAUCAAGUUAGCAGGGGCAAGUUGUAAAGAUGCUGCCAUCCUUAUCUACUACGCCAUCUUCACUGGGGCUCUCUCUGGAUUGACUGACCUGUACUUGGCAAUAUAUCCCAGCACCGUUCUGUGGAAGCUUCAAAUGCCAUUGCCCAGAAAGCUUGCAAUAAGCGCAGCGCUGGGUCUUGGGGCCAUCGCAUCUGCUAUGGCAGUUGUCAAGUGUACCCAGCUUAAAAACCUCGGAGACCGCAUCGACUAUACCUACAGUAAUGUGGAGCUCUCCAUCUGGACCAACGUUGAGGCCAAUAUGGUCGUCAUUGCCUCUAGCAUCCCAACUUUACAUCCUUUACUUAAGGCUAUCAAGGUGAAGUUCGCAUACCAUAGGAGCAGUCUGUCGCAGAGCCGCUACAAGAAGGACAUGAUUCCGUUGAACAGCCAGGCGCUUGAUCAAAGCAAGAAAUCUAAGCUAGUGAGAUCACACUUCGUCACUACGGUUAAUGUCGAUAGUCGGGAAGGUAUCUUGCCGGCUGAUGAUGAACAAAAAGGUCGCAGACCUUUUCAAAUUCGUUGCACAGACGAAGUGACUGUGGAGUAUGGAUACAAGGAAUGA